AUGAGGCUCCUGGAUACGGAGAUAGCCGAGGUCAUCGAGGUGUAUGGGAGCGACAUACCGCGAUACGCAAUUUUAUCCCACACAUGGGCUGAUGGCGAGAUCUUGAUUCAGGAACUUCAAGACCCCAAUUUACGUGAUGCAGCAUGGAAGGACCUUACCCGCAAAUUCUGGGAUAAAAGCGAUAUAGAAACUACUAUGCCUUUGACUCUCUCAGAUGAACCACCAACAGUUACAAGCCGGGGGCUGGGAGUUGGCUUUCUUCUCUUUCCCUGUCCUACAAUUCAAAUGAUUGAGGCUGAUUUUCGAGUUGUUUUGAAUUGUGAGAGAGUCCGGAAGGGGAGGAGGCAGUCUCCUGUUAUCUAUCUCAAGAGAAUAUGGGGCAUGGGCAACCAAUUUGCCCGUGUGGGAUCCCAUAUCAAGUCAUUCGUGGCCCCCAACAUUAGCCUUCUUGACGGCGGAGUCUACGAGCGUGUGUUUGUGAAACAAAAUCCCGCUGCAGACAUUCGGACAGUCCGGAUCAUGGCCGCGAAGGACCGCUCCGAGCCACAGCUCCCGAGCAGCAUCAGUCAGAUUACCGAAUGGAAGAUCAAGGAUGCUUGGCCCCAGCUCGGCUGGACAGAGGCGGCUCAGACCUUGCAAACUCAGCAUUUGACAUUUGGGCUGCCAUGUGGAAUCAUUCGCAUCGAGAUUCCAAAGAAUGGGUACUCUGUGACAAUGGAUGUGGCUAUCGGGAUGCACGCCCAAAGCGAGCGUCAGUACCGUAGUUGGUGUCAGAUAAUGACGGUCAACGCAACAUUCUUGCCCGAGGGCAUGUUUUCAUGGGCGACACAUGAAGCUCAAUCAGGAAACAUUGACUAUAAAAACCUUUCUACACACAACUUUGAUGGUAUCGACGUUAAGCCUUGGGUGUUUGUGACUGAGCAGAACCGAAAGAAGACGCUGGACAUCGUGGUGCAUGUCUUAUCAGGCGAUGCUUCCGUUGGGGAAAGUAAAAACCAGACCCUAGACGUCUAUGGCCAAAUCAUACCAAUAGAUACUCUACCUCUGGAAGAACGUAUGAACGUGCCCAGUGCCGGUAGUCAUGAUCAAAUUAAAGAUUCUUUAUCCGCACAGGAGAGUCAGGUUUGGAAUAGCUGGUCCCGCGGGGUCGUUGCGAUGAUGAAAGAAAUUUCAGUUAUCGACACUAUCGAAACAAGUGUCUUCCCACGGGUGGGCUUCGGCUCUAAAGUACGAAUCAAAGCCCGAAAUGGCGAUGGUAUCUCCCACGAGUCUGCGUUGAAGUAUUGCUUGUCUGCCCUGCCAGCUAGUGAGACGGAGACACCCAAACUCGUGCAAGUCCUUCGUGGAGAGAACGAAGUAGACAUGGAGAACUGUAUCGAAGCGGCCAAAGCUUUAGAGAGCAAACCGGACUCAUUCCUUCAGCUCCAACCCAUUCAAUGGGCAGUUUUAGGUGGCAACCUGGACGUUGUAAGCAAACUAGUUGAUGCGGGCAUGGACUUUCGCGGCAAGUCGGAUAGACGUCUCACAAGUCUCCAUCUUGCCCUUCUUCUUCCCGACCCAACAAUAUUCCACUACAUCUGCGGCGUAAUAGACAGGGUCUCACCACCAGUUCCGGUCUCUGAUGCUUCCCUAUCCACCUUCACCGAAACUGCUCCGGCUAUUGAUUAUUACGAGCCGACGGCCAUUAAUUUUGACCGCCCCAUACACUUUGCUGCUUCCUACGCAACAUCCCCCGCGUUUUGGGAAAAGCUAAGCUAUAACGUGUGGGAACCUAGGUUUGAUAUAUGGGAUGACAUUCGACGUGAAAACAGACUUGGAGAGAGACCGAUUCACAGGGCUGCCGCCAUGGGUAACAUGGCUGCGCUUGAAUUCAUUCUCCGCAACGACGAACCCUCGAUGAUCAACCAAUGCAACAUCGCUGACGAUCGAGGAAGGACGCCACUUUGGCAUGCAGCAUGCUCCGAUCACUCAGGGUCUAUCACGGCAAUGUUGCUUUCGCAUGGUGCCAAUCCUAAUUUUCCCUGCGAAGAUGGCCUCGCUCCGAUUCACGUAGCAUGUCGCGAAGGCACAGCAGGUUGUCUGAGAGAAUUACUUUCGCAUGGAGUGUGGCCCGGCCUGCCCACAGCAACCGAUAUUGUGCCUGCUCAUUUCGCCGCGAUAUUUGGUCACCGAGAUUGUUUAGAGAUCUUGUUAGCCAAUAAGGGCCCCAUGAAAUCCUUUCCGACAGACAUUCCCCACGUUUAUCAACUUUCCGCAUUUCACCUCGCUGUUGCCAACGGAAAAGAAGGAUGCGCUCGAUGUAUUUGGAAAUCACCAUACGACAAACAUAUCUUGAAGUAUGACUCAUGGGAACUUUGUGUCUUAGUCGAGCCAUCUGGUCCGAAGAUUAGCUGGAUGUACAUGGAAAUCACUAAGGAGCAUUGGUUUGCGGUCGAGCAUUCAAAAAUGGACCAGGGAACGCGUGGCUUUGUCCAAGCGAGCGACCAAGCCAGGGAGGCUAUUCUCUGGGUUAGGCCUGCCCUUCAGAGCGAAGGUUAG